GCCCCGUCGGGUGCUGGGUGUGGUUCCGAGCUCGCCUGCGGGGCGCCAGCCUGGCACUUCGCGGCCUGGGGAGGUCGUGGGCACCGGGACCCCUGCCUGGGUCCGAGCUGGCCUCUUAAGAGGGCCGCCUUUUAAGAUCUCUGAUCUGUUCAGGGAUGGGCAGCAGGAUGCAGAAUCUCCAGCUGUGAGCUCCCCUCAUCUUGAUAUGACUUGUGACCUCCCUGAAACCUCACACCCAUCCAGGGGCAUUGAAUUGCAGGCAAACGGGAUCCAGAAAGAGGGUCUGCUUUCUGGGAGGCGCAGGCUCCUCCUGCUCCCCUGCAGCAGUCAGGACUUAGCGGAGGGAGGACCCGGCAGCUGUGCUGCCGAAGGGGCGCUCCGAGUGGGAAGAUAGUACCCGCUUCACCUCCCUACACCUCCUUUCUCUGCGCCUCCCCCACUUUCCCGUCGGGUUUUCCCGCACCAUGGGGAGAGGAGGAGGCGCUGUCUCUGCCUGUAGUUCACGUAAGAACAAUAACCCGAGCCACCGCUCACUGAGGGCGGGCAGCCUGCGAGGCACAACCUUACAUUCCAUCUCUGAUUUAUUUGAGCUGUCCACGUCUCCAUCUAUUCCCCACCUCGACCGCGCAAGGGCAACCUGGCACAGUGGAAGGAGUCGGGCAGAUCCAGGGCGGAGUCCUGGCGCCGCCGCCCACUCUCAGUGACCAUGGACCCUUCAUGUUCUGAGCCAGUUUCUGCGACUGCAAACUGGGGCCCGUAAUAGCGCCCGCCUCCCGGUUCUGAGUAUUCUAGAGGUCCACCGGGAGAGCGGGGCCCCCCGGGGCCCCCGGGACCGCCGGGAGUGCCUGGAUCCGACGGCGUCGACGGUGACAAGGGGCCCCCUGGAAAAGCUGGCCCUCCGGGACCCAAGGGCGAGCCUGGCAAAGCUGGGCCAGAUGGGCCAGACGGGAAGCCCGGGAUUGAUGGUUUAACUGGAGCCAAGGGGGAGCCUGGCCCCAUGGGGAUCCCUGGAGUCAAGGGCCAGCCCGGGCUUCCUGGUCCUCCUGGCCUUCCGGGCCCUGGUUUUGCUGGACCUCCUGGGCCGCCUGGACCUGUUGGCCUCCCUGGUGAGAUUGGAAUCCGAGGCCCCAAGGGGGACCCUGGACCAGAUGGACCAUCGGGGCCCCCAGGACCCCCUGGGAAACCUGGUCGCCCGGGAACCAUCCAGGGUCUGGAAGGCAGUGCGGAUUUCCUGUGUCCAACCGACUGUCCACCCGGGAUGAAAGGUCCCCCAGGGCUGCAGGGAGUGAAGGGGCAUGCGGGCAAACGCGGGAUUCUGGGUGAUCCCGGCCGCCAGGGGAAGCCGGGUCCCAAGGGAGAUAUGGGUGCCUCUGGAGAGCAAGGCAUCCCUGGACCACCGGGUCCCCAGGGUAUCAGGGGCUACCCGGGCAUGGCAGGUCCCAAGGGAGAGACGGGCCCUCAUGGAUAUAAAGGCAUGGUGGGCGCCGUCGGUGCCACUGGGCCACCGGGUGAGGAAGGUCCUAGGGGACCACCAGGCCGAGCUGGGGAGAAGGGUGACUUGGGCAGCCCAGGUAUUCGUGGACCCCAGGGGAUCACAGGCCCGAAAGGAGCAACGGGCCCCCCAGGCAUCAAUGGCAAGGACGGGACCCCAGGCACACCUGGCAUGAAGGGCAGUGCAGGACAGGCGGGACAGCCAGGAAGUCCAGGCCACCAGGGCCUAGCGGGUGUGCCAGGUCAGCCUGGGACAAAAGGAGGCCCUGGAGACCAGGGUGAGCCGGGCCCGCAGGGCCUUCCUGGAUUCUCUGGUCCCCCUGGGAAAGAGGGAGAGCCAGGGCCUCGAGGAGAAAUUGGUCCCCAGGGCAUCAUGGGACAGAAGGGUGACCAAGGCGAGAGGGGUCCAGUGGGGCAGCCAGGCCCUCAGGGAAGGCAGGGCCCUAAGGGGGAGCAGGGCCCCCCUGGAAUUCCAGGGCCCCAAGGCUUGCCAGGCGUCAAAGGAGACAAGGGCUCCCCAGGGAAGACCGGGCCCCGCGGCGGAGUGGGUGACCCGGGGGUGGCCGGCCUCCCCGGAGAGAAAGGCGAGAAGGGCGAGUCCGGCGAGCCGGGGCCCAAGGGACAGCCAGGUGUACGUGGAGAACCCGGCUACCCUGGCCCCAGCGGGGAUGCGGGCGCCCCAGGGGUUCAGGGCUACCCUGGUCCCCCCGGACCUCGAGGACUGGCUGGGAACCGAGGCGUGCCAGGACAGCCCGGGAGACAGGGCGUGGAGGGCCGGGAUGCCACUGACCAGCACAUCGUGGAUGUGGCGCUGAAAAUGCUGCAAGAGCAACUGGCAGAGGUUGCCGUGAGUGCCAAGCGGGAAGCCCUGGGUGCGGUGGGCAUGAUGGGUCCCCCAGGACCUCCUGGGCCCCCUGGGUACCCAGGCAAGCAGGGACCCCAUGGGCACCCUGGCCCUCGGGGCGUUCCUGGCAUCGUGGGAGCCGUGGGUCAGAUCGGCAACACGGGGCCCAAGGGAAAACGUGGAGAGAAGGGUGAUCCAGGAGAAGUGGGACGGGGGCACCCCGGGAUGCCUGGGCCCCCAGGGAUCCCAGGACUCCCUGGCCGGCCUGGCCAGGCAAUCAACGGCAAGGAUGGAGAUCGAGGGUCCCCAGGGGCUCCAGGAGAGGCAGGUCGACCUGGCCUGCCAGGCCCCGUGGGGCUGCCAGGCUUCUGUGAACCUGCAGCCUGCCUUGGAGCUUCGGCCUAUGCCUCUGCCCGCCUUGCAGAGCCUGGAUCCAUCAAGGGGCCUUGAGCAUCAGGCCCAGACAGAGCCCGGCAGGCAUCCUGGCGGGAAGGACCAGGUCCCCUCUGGGUGGACAUGUACCCAUCCCCAACCCAGGAAACCAUCUCCCCCAGGACCUUCUGUCUGGGACCCAGGAGUCCUGAGGAAAAGGAAUUCUAAAACAUGGGGGAAGGGGAGGUAGAGCACUGACGAGUGAAAAAGUGAGGCCAACACACAGGGCAAGUGGUGUCGAUGGAGUCGAAGCGCUGAAGGAAGCGGCUUUCCUUCCAGGGAGCAUCAUUCGGCUGUUACCAAAA